AUGCCGAGGCCCGUGUAUAUUAAUGUGGACAAUGUCCAUCGCUUGGCCGUGCAUGUUUGGACGCCAAAGCGAGGCUGCAUCAUGAAGACUCUUUGCACUUUACUGAUCCUUGCGGGACGUCUCUUGGAGGCUUUUGCUGAGACACUUCCGAGCCUCUCUUGCGCGGCAGGCUCGGAGAUUACCGCGCACCCAGCCUGCGACUCAUUCCUAGCCUCCGGCGAUGCAUGUGCUACAGUCUUGGACCGCCCUGGCAAAGAAGACUGCCUCUGCCACCAAGAAUGUGAGAAUGAGCUCCGCCUCUGCUAUCGCCGUGAAGACUUGGGCGUCAACUUUGACAGAGCUCGUGAAUUAUGGAAUAGUCUUUGCGGCUCAGUCAUCACCUUUGACCCAACCACUGCACCGCCGAGCUCCUAUGAACCCUAUCCAGAUCAGCUCUGUCAAGACAUCAAAACGAAGUGUGCCGAGGCUAGAGAACUCCUCCGCGAGUGCACCGAUUACGUGUCAGAUACCGACGGCUCAAAAUUCAGCUCUUGCACUUGCCGGCCAACACUCCUGCGCGAAGCAUAUUCGUGCGCGUAUGUGGGCAACACUACCUGUCUAGGGGUGGGGGCGACGUUGUCAAAUGUCCUUGGAUACCAAUGUGACAAUUUCGAGUCUGUAAUUGGAACAGGCCUGCCAGGAUUCAGUGCGGCCACUCAAACAGAGCUCCCUACGCUGGAUAUAACAACUGCAAUGACCGGGUCGAAUUCAGAGUCAACCGCCACAGCUACGACCACAUCGGACAAUGCUUCAGUGAAGGAGAGCCCCAGAUUUGGUGCUGCGCUGAUGUUUUCAAUUUGCAGCUUGUUUUUGAUCUCUGUGUUUUAG